UUUACUGAGUUUUUUGUUUUUCCUUAUUCAAUUUUAGAUCCUGAAGACUCGGAACGCCAGCGAGUUUCCCGGCGAUGUAACCUAAACCCUAACUACUCCGCCCCUCCUUUUCGGCGUCCUUUAUUUAUAUGCAUUUUCGCCUUUUCCGUCCGAAUCAUCCAUCGCGUUAUGCCUUUUCCCCUUUCCUUCCAACUCAUCAUCACGUUAAUUCAGCUUCUCUCGCACCUUUCCUCCUCUUCCGACGACGAUUUCAGUUGUCUCGGAGCAUCACGUUCAUGGACCUUCAGAUCGUCGGUAACUUCUACGUGUCGCCCAUCCGACCUUCUUCGCAGGCAAAUCCGGCCUUCCGCACCGACGGGGUCCGUAGGUGCGACCAUGUCCUAGUCCGCCCUUCGCCCUUCCCAGGUCCCAGGCUCCUGCGGGUCCGCUCGGUGGAGCUCCUGCGACCCAGAGGAAGGCAAGGCGGCUCGCAGCCUCUGCGCCGGGUCUGCAGCGCUAGCUUCGAGCCCUCCGAUGAUGACGAGGACGAGGACGAGGACUUGAUACGCCGAAUCGAGGAUCUAGCCAUCGAGCUCCGGAUGGAAAAAGGGCAAGGCGGCAGAGAAGAGCUCGAAAGGGAGAAAAAAACCUACUUUUAUACCGCCGCCCAGAAAAAGCCGGUGCCUUCUCCCUCCGUCGAUUCGCCGCCACCGCUGCCCUUUCAUCCGGAUUCCUCGUCGCCGGCGCAUUCUCAAUGGCUCCACCCGUCGCCGUGGCCCCGCUUUCCGCCUCAGCCACCGGAGUACUGGUCCAACCUGACCGUGCCGGCGUGCGUGGAGAAGAACGCCAACGGUUUGAGGAUUCCCAUGUCCCUCAGAUUCAUCCAACUCAAGAAGCGGUUCGACGAAGGAUGGUUCUGCGGGGCCGGCGAAACCGCCUGCUGCUCCAUGAAGCGCGCCUUCUCGUCCAUGGUGUUCAUGCUCCAGGAGCUCCAGACCUACGCGCUACAGCUUCGGGAGGUGUUCCCCUGCGAGAACCACCCUGAAAUCAUCCCCCGCCUCCACCGCAAUCUGAACCACUCCUUCGUCUGGCUCUUCCAGCAGAUCUUCUACGCCACACCCACUCUCAUGGUUUCCGUCAUGCUCCUCCUCGCAAACUUCACCGUCUACUCCAUGGACUGCUUCAACAUCGCCACCGCAACAACGCUCAUCGACAUUGUUGAGGAAGAUGAACUUGGAGACGACCAUCUGCGGGAUCGCUCCUCCCUCGAGCCCUUCGCCUCGAUCGGAAGGGGCGGUGGGGGGCACCCAAGGCCGGCGUCGGCGGGCUCCACGGACGACGGACGCUCGGACCAUGAGUCACCUUCGCACCCGGCUAAUUUUCUUCCCGAGGAUGAAGGCGGCGUGGGCGUGCCGAGCGAGGCCACACCGGCGUCGGAGGUGACGGUGUUGUGGGAAAGGUUUUUGGAGGAGUUCGCCAAGUUGCAAGCGUCGACGAGGCACGAGGCGCUCAUGGACCCGGAGACGUUGCGGAGCAUGGUGGCUCCUGUCUCCGUGGAGCUCCAGGCCGAAGAACAACCGAAACUCCUGCACACGGAGAUGAUGUACGAGCAGGCACUGUCACAGGACCCCAACAACGCCCUCCUCCUCUCCAACUUCGCUCAGUUCCUCUUUCUCGUCCUCCGGCAGCACGACAGGGCGGAGGAAUCCUUCUUGAAGGCGAUGAAGGUGGCGCCUGGGGACGCGGAAACUCUGAGCCGGUACGCGACCUUCCUGUGGGUGGCGAGGAAAGAUUUGUCGGCGGCGGAGGAGACGUUCUUGGGGGCGAUCGAGGCGGAGCCGGAGAACACAGUGCAUAGGGCCAACUACGCGCACUUCCUUUGGAGCACAGGCGGCGAGGACACCUGCUAUCCGUUGGCCUACGAUGUGAAUGUGGGCCUCCAAUAACGAACGAUCGGGAGAUUCUUUCGUCUCCGUCGCGAAUUUCAUUCCUCACUAACUAAAUCUAAAGAGGUUACUAAAGAAAUUUUGUGCCUAAUUUUAGAGUAGAUUUUAGUUGAGAGAUGGCACAUAAAUAUAUAAUUAUAUAUAAAUUUAUUUUAACGUGUUUGAUAGUUCU